GGGCGGUGUUUUUUCACAUUCCUGAGCAAGAAAGUUGCAGCGCUGUAAAGUGCCAGUGUAGACAAGCCCUAAGCUUAUACCACACCACUGUAAGCACGUUUGUACUGAUAUAACUGUGAGGAUUGUACUGCUUUAUCUAUCCUGGCUUUGUUAAAGCAGUACCACUUUUCUGUGUAGCAAGACCUGAGUCAAAUUUGAAACAAAACGUGUAUGUGUAGGUGGGUGGGAAAUAAAAUCACACUUUUCAGAGAAGGCUGUGUGGAAGAGUCAUUGUGGGACUCAAUGUUUAUGUUUCAAUGACUCCUAGUCAAGUGUGGCCUUUUGUACUUGUAAAGUGAGUGUUGGGGUGGAUGUUUCCUGCGUGCCAGUGCCACAAACUCAUCCAGGACUGAGUCAAAUCAAAUUGCAGGUUAUGGAGAUUAAAUUAUGCCUUCACAGGCAUCAGUGUAGCAUCAUUACCUUGAGUUGUCUUUCAUGGUUUUACAUACCCUGAGGACAGAAAUUGAGCAAUGUGGUUAACAAUUUGUUGAUGCUGGAGCUCCCAGAAUAGGAUCUCUUUUCCUCUCCCAGAGCUGCACAGAGCUAACUGAAGUAAACAGUAAUAAAAAUGUGUUUUUGAUAGAAAACUAAGCAUGACUGAAUACACACAGAUCUAUAGGGUAAGAAAAUGGCAUUUUAUAGAGUUAUCGUUUAGAGAAGAAUCACACUUCACAUUGUGUUAUUUUCUAUUUGGCUAUGAAUAUUUUUAUCACACCUUUCUACUUUGCAGAUAUAUACAACAUGAUAUGAUGGUGCUCAGAUACCAUGGUGAUUAAACUGUAAAAAACCUAGAUAGAUACAAUGGAAACCCAGCAACACAACAGGUGCACAUGUUGAGAACACUCCCCUUGAAUACAUUGGGGAUGACAGGCUGAAGGACAGCGCAGCUGUCCAAAAAGCAUGGUCGUUAGCAUUGUAUGGCAUGCAAAGGUUUAUUGUAUCUGUUAAAUGUAAUAUAUUUACAACUGCUUAUUAAAUUGAAAUAGUUGAGUUUUCACUACAGAAAGUGUCAAGUUGUUGUUGCCUACCUUCCUGUCUAGUCCAGAUCUGAAGGUACAUUGCACACCUUUAAAAGGCUUAAAUAGCCUUUGGGAUGCUGUUAAAUCAGGGCAGAAAGAGAGUGGCAGCACCUUGCUCCAAGCCAGGAAUUUAUAAGCAGAGAGUACGACUGAGGCAUUUUUGUCCUGGUUCAGCUCUGAGGUGACUAACUUUGUCUUUCUACUUCCACCCUGAUUUGUUGUCUCUCCUUUUUCCUGCAUGUCUUUUUGCCGUUUAGCCAGUUCUGUAUGUGCACUAUGAACAGCAGAGGGAAAUGUACCCAAGCAAUUUCCCAGGACUGAUGGGAUAGAUGUACACAGAGGUACUUUCUUCCAAUGUGGGCUUUAUUGUCUUCUGCUCCUAGUCCAAGCUAGGUGUGGCAGGGAUCAAGUUGCAAGAGCAAUAUACAACACUACCAACUGUUUAAUGUGUACACUUCCAUGGCCCAAUCAGUAUUACUCUGACAGCUCAUCAAUGGACUCAGAAGAUAAAGACAGAGAGGAAGAGAGUCUGCAGACAGCUUUCAAAAAGCUAAGAGUAGAUGCAGCAGGAUCUACCGCAUCUCUGUCUGUGGAUGAGGGAACAAGUCUGAGAGCACCGAUAAGAACAGCUAUGGAUGGAACCAAACCUCAACCUGUCUGUGCCAAAGAGACUUGGCAUGGGUGUGUGAGGAAGCUCUCCAGGGGGUCGUCAAGAACCCAGCGUCGCAGGCGUUCCAAGUCUCCUGUCCUGCAUCCUCCCAAGUUUACCUACUGCAGUAUGAAAGCAUCUUCUGCCCGCAGCCAGUUGAAACACAAAAGCCAGCCAGACACUUCAAAGAGUAAUAUCAGCUCAGACAUUUGUGUUGCAGAAGGACCGUGUACAGGGGACAAGUAUGAUUCCUGCUUUGAUGCCAGUGAUUGCAGAAGAGCCAGAAAUGAACCUUUGGGAGCUUCCACAAUUGAACAGCCUGUGGAGAAUUCAAGAGAGAAUUCUGCUGCUGUUUCUUCGUCCUUUGAAACCAACCUGGAUUCUAGCCAGCCUUCAGAUUUCCAGUCAUUAUCUGUGCUCAGCGAUAGCAAGCAGUGUCCUUGCGAGGGCAAGGAAUGCCAGUGCAGACAGUGGCAAGACAUGGAAGUGUACUCUUUUUCUGGCUUACGGAGCGUCCUGUCAGAAUGUGAAAAGGCAGUGCUAGAAGUCCAUUCCCAGUCUCUGCAGAACAAAUCGCCCUCUGGUGUGGCUUCAUCAGGUUCUCCCCGAUCUUGUUCUGAGCAAGCUCGAGCCUUCGUGGACGAUGUGACAAUUGAAGAUCUUUCAGGAUACAUGGAAUAUUACUUAUAUAUUCCCAAGAAAAUGUCCCACAUGGCAGAAAUGAUGUACACUUGACUAUAAGGAAUCUAUGGAGAAUCAUGGGCUGGAAAUUCAGUAGUAAUGAGUGGAUGACGUGCUCCCUCAGAGCCAGGGGUGGGAAUUUGGCCAUUCUCAUUGCUGUGUAUUUGAUCAAAUGUUUCUUUGCACCAUACAGUAUAGUUUUUUAAUAAAGUGAAAAACAGACAA